GUUAGUCAGUCCACCGCCAGUUGUUCCAACUUUUGCCCAUCGAACACGUGUGAGCGUCUGACGAGCCUGUAGUAUACGUACUAACGGUGGCUGACGGUUGAUUGAUGGUGAGGAGAAGACCUAGCAGCGGGGCAGAACGUACGAAGCUGUGGUACGUAGGCGGGAUGUGGUUUGUAGUUCUUUGUAUCGUCCUGAGGCAUGGCCAGCGCUGGAUGCAGAACGGGUCUUCCUCGUCUAACGUUGUCAAACGGAGGGAGGACUGGUUGACGUCAGCUGGAGUGUUAACGGCGACCAUAACGGCCAGCGGAACGAGGCUUGUGUCCGCUCAAGCAUCCGAAGGAGGAGAGUCCGAUGGCUAUCCCACUGGCACCGGUAGCUCGGUACAGGGUUCCGUGAAGAAAGUGGGAGGGGGAGGUGAUGACGAGGGAGGAGGAGGAGGAGGAGGAGGAGGAGGGAUAGAAGGGAGAGUGGUGGGUCGACCUCGUUUGGUUGGACAUUGGAACGGAGGGAGGAGGAAAGAUGAUGAAGAGUUCGCUGCGGGAGAGGUGAUCGACCCAAGGAGGGGUGGGGAACCAUGGUUUGUACCAGGGCGGAUAUGGUUAGACAUGGAUGGAAAGCCGAUUCAAGCUCAUGGAGGGAGCAUCCUCUUCGUCCCAACCUCGAAAACUUUCUAUUGGUAUGGGGAGAACAAAGACGGACCUACGUACAAACCGAGAACGCGGAACGCCCUGCUGAGGGUGGAUUUGGUUGGUGUGAGCUGCUACAAGUCGCAGGAUUUGUGGAGUUGGACUGACUUGGGCCUGGUUUUGAAAGCCGAUAAGCAAAACGCCAGCAGCGACUUACACGUCAGUCAAGUGCUUGAGAGACCCAAGGUCAUCUUCAAUGAAAGGACCGAACAGUUUGUAAUGUGGAUGCAUAUGGAUAAUGGCACAUAUGAUAAGGCCUCCGUUGGGGUGGCCACCAGUUCUAGUCCCGAGGGACCCUUCGAGUACCUUGGCAGCUUCCGGCCCAAUGGCCAAGAAAGCCGAGAUAUGACGGUGUUCCAAGAUGACGAUGGGUCAGCUUAUCUUGUCUAUGCAUCCCAGAAGAACACAGCCAUACAUGUUACCCCUCUGACUGACGACUACCUGAGUGUACAGAACAGGUUCUCACAACACUUCAAGCAGAUGGAGCGGGAGGCUCCCGUGGUGUUCAAGUAUGAUGGCAGCUACUUGAUGAUCACUUCAGCCUGCACGGGUUGGCGUCCUAAUCUUGCUCUUCUUCACCAGUCUAAGUCCAUGAUGGGACACUGGAGGACGUUGGGAAACCCCAUGUCAGGUGGAGCUGAGGAGAUGUGGGACUUAACCUUUUGGUCCCAGGGGGCCUUUGCGUUCCCAUUGCCCGGCUGGCCGGGUCGUUACAUCUUCGUCGCCGACAGAUGGAACGAGCACAGCCUGGCUAACUCCCGCUAUGUUUGGCUACCGCUAGUUGUGGGGACGUUGGAGACAAGGUGGUCCGUCGAUCUGAGGCCAGUUGACCAUGGUGAUCAUGGUGAUCGUGGUUCUCCUACCGUUGACCCUCCUCUUCACCUUGCUCAUCCAUAUGACAGUAAUCAUCAUGAUGACGGUAACCUGACGACUCUGCAGUCGGCUGGCUGGGGGGGCGGGGGGAGGACUCGGCCUCCUCCGAAGAACGACACACCUUCUGGGUCCGGGUCUGGGUCUGAGAUUUUCUGGGACUGGAAAGCAGGUCAGCGUGGUGGAAUCAACGUCGCAGUCAGCGCUGACUUUCCCAGUAAGCUAGUGGUCUUCGUGACAUGUGGCGACGGCGUUGGGGGCAGCGGCGUUGGCGUUGGGGGCAGUGGCAGCGGCGAUGGCGUCGGGGCCAGCGGCGGCAAUGGGGGGAGCAACGUCGAUGGCAGGAGGAGGAGGACAGGGAAGGAUGAGGAGGAGAGGGAGGAGGGCGAGGAAGAAGAGGAGUAGGAGGAAGAGGACGAGGAAGAAGAAGAUGAGGAGGAGGAGAAGAGGGGAGUUAUGGUGCGUCCAAAAAAAAAAAAGAACCGCAAGUUCCAUGUGGCCCAUUCUCAGAGGAGGACCAGGCGGACGAGGAAGACGAGGAGGAGGAGGACAGGGAGGUCAACGAAGAAGAAGAAGAGGAGGAGGAAGGUGUGAGGAGGAGGAAGACGGAGAAGAGGAGGAGGAGGAGGCAGACAAGCAAAAAACAAAAAGGUAUGUGCGCC